AUGGGUUCUCACAGGGUUUUGGCCGCCAUUUGCGCUGCGGUCGCACUGGUGGAUGCCCAAUCAAUUCCGAAUGACCUUCAAUUCGAGUUCGUGUUGGCUUUGGUGACACCCACAACAACAAGCAGUAGCAGUAACACCAUUCUCGCUCCUUCCAAUAUUGUAUCGACUCCUUCGGCGGUAGACUACGGCACAAAGCAGCACGCUAUCCAGCACGACUUUAGCAAGCACCUCGCCCACACUGCCGAGCGUAACAUUCACAUCGUCAGGCGCCCCCUCUUCGAGCACCGCCUUAUACAGCACGUCGACGAGCACCACACUGUCGAGCAUCACAUCUCUAAGCACAUCUUCUUCAAGCACGUCAUCAUCGGGUUCAUCAUUGUCGAGCUCCUCAUCUUCAAGCACAUCAUCAUCAAGCACGCCAUCUCCAAGCACUUCGUCGUUGAGCAUCUCGUCAUCAGGAACCUCAUCAGCGAGCACCUCAUCUUCAAGCAGCUCAUCGUCAAGCCUCUCGUCGUCUACAUUCAUGUUCGCAAGUUCUACAAGUGCUACUCCGUCAAGCACCUCAUCAUCGGUUUCAUCGUCAUCGCGCACUUCAUCGUUAAGCAGCACAUCACCAAGCUCCAUAACGUCUACGGUUACGUCCACAAGUUCUACGAGAACUACAUCGUCAAGCACAUCGAGCAGUUCGUCUUGCGUGCCAGUAAACCUUGUUCAAAAUCCUAG